CCAAAAUAGAUUUAUUUAUAAAAUAAAAUGGUUGGCUUCUCGUUACGAUUUUUGAUGGCAAAAAAAACGGCGCUUCUUCUGAGGAGGAAACUGCCACUUCGACGACGGAAACAACCUGAUCUAACCCUAACAUCACGGAUUCGACGACGGCGGAUAGAACCGUCACUGCAUCUUCCUUUGGAUCUGGUUGCAGAAAUCCUGUGUAGACUUUCGGUGAAACAACUGAGUCAACUCCGUUGCGUCUGCAAGUCAUGGAAUUCCCUUAUCUCUGAAGAUUGUAAUUUUGCUAAGAAGCAACUCCGCUUGUCAACAACAUCAUCAUCAUGCCAAGACCACCGCCACCAUCUCUUCCUAAAGUCUUCUCAGUUCCUUCAUUUACAAUGCCCAAUAUCCAAUAUCUUCAUCAACUCCAAAGACGCUACUAUUUCCAGUUACUAUCUUAAAGAAGGAAAAUCUAUUGGUGGUUAUGUCUCCACUUGUGACGGUAUACUAUGUUAUAUGAUAGAUAAUUCUUCAGUUCUUUUGUUUAACCCUUCUAUUAGAUCUAAAUUCAUAAUAUUGCCUUCUUUGAAAUUUCCAGAAGAGACGAUUACUUCAAUCUCAUAUACAUUAUUGUAUGACCGUUUCGUCGAUAGUUAUAAGGUUAUUGCUUUUAAUGCCCUUAGUACCAAAAGAGAAGUCAGUGUUCAUAUUUUGGGUACAGAUUAUUGGACAAGGAUUCAAGAUUUUCCAAUUCUCGAGUCCGGCCAAUCAUUAUUGGAUAAUCGGGAGGGAAUAUUUGUGAGUGACUCUGUUAAUUGGUUGGUAUCAGAGUUCAUUGUUUCUCUUGAUUUGGAGAAUGAGUCAUAUCAAAAGCUUUCACUACCUCCCGUCUCUAAUGUGCAAUUAAGAACUUCACGUUUUGUUACCUUAGGGACAUUGAGGGGUUGUUUGUCCCUUCUUCUUAGUGGGAAAUGUUUUGCUGAUGUUUGGAUUAUGAAAGAAUUUGGUAAUGAAAAGUCUUGGACUAAAUUGUUAACUGUUCCUUACUUUAAAGAAUGGGGCGUUCUUCGCAUUAACAAGAGAAGGGUUGAUGUCCUAUAAGCAAUUCAUUCAGGAGCUUGAGGAUGAUAUACUACCAGCUGAAGCAGAACAUAAAUAAUCUUUUGCAUUAUCUCUGAGAAUUCAAGUUAUGUCAGAAAAUUUUCUGAUCUUUCUUGACAAAUGACUUCUGAUUGAUUUUUCUAGGUAUCAAGAAUAUAGAUCAGAGUACAUUUCUACCCAAAAAAGAGCUUAUUUCAAUGCUCAUAAGGAUGAGGAGUGGUGUAUGCUCUAAAGAAUUUAGUUUUCAAUCUUUAAAUGUUUACUAUGAAGGUACGAAUCGCCAUAUUUUUUGAAGUUCAACCAAUCUGAUUUCCUUUUCUGUUUCUUGUUUUACCUUUUUAUAUAGGUUGAAAGAUAAAUACCAUCCAACAAAUUUUCUUAAAGUCAUUGAAAGGAGGAAUGAAAGGGCUCGACAGCUGGCAAAAGAUUUUUUGCUUGAUUUGCAGAGUGGAACUUUUGAUCUAAAUCCGGGUUUAAGUGCCUCUUCAUCCAGCAAAUCAGCGCACGCUAGCGAACCAAAUUCAGAGGAGGAAGCAGAUGGCAAAAAGAAAAGACAUGGAAGGGGUUUUAAUAAACAAAGUGAUUUCACAGCUGCUCUAAAGACUCAUCCUAUCAGUUCGAAUACAAGCAGAUGUUCAACUUUCUCAGGCCCUUGUUCGCAAGCUUGAUGCAGAAAAGGGGAUUGGAGAUAAUAUUUUAUGCAUCAGUGAUCAUAAUAAAAGUGGUGAUAAGUCUCACAGUGGGUCUGUGGGUCCAGUUGUAAUUAUACGAGGCCUAACAACUGUUAAGGGUUUAGAGGGUGUUGAGCUUUUGGACACACUUGUUACAUAUCUGUGGCCGAUUCAUGGUGUAGAUUAUUAUGGGAUGAUUGAGACUAAUUAGGCUAAGGGUUUUCUGCAUGUCAGGGCAUUAAGAAACAGGUAAGUCAGGGUCUGAAUGGGAAAAAAUUGAAUGGUCAGGAGUUUAUAUCAUUUUGGCUCAAAAAUAGUUAAAACAAUUCCCGUUCAACUCACAGAUGAAGAAAAAGGAUUUUACUUAAUAGCUGAACAUCGUGUUAAAGAGAAACUAAGGGAUAUGAAACUUAGUAACCAACCACUCGAGGAAGAAAGAGUAAAGAAACAACAAUUUCUCGAUCUAGAACUAUGCAUCCUAAGGCUUCGAGAAAUGCUUUCAAGCAUUCCAUUAGCGGUGAAAAAAGGCGAUAUACAAAGAAAUUCUGAACUCAUGGAGAAGAUAAAUACUAAGCUUGAAGAAAAGGAAGCAGCAUGUCCCAUCUGUUACUCUGAGUUGAAGUUUAUUCCUGUAGUAUUCAUCACCAAAGAAUGCAAACAUAUCUUUUGUCAACUGUGUAUGGAAUUUUUUUGUCGUAAAGAUAAAAAGUGUGCUCUAUGUCGGAAAGAGCUGCAUGAUGAUGAUAGUGUUUUUUCAUCACCUUUCAACUGUCCUGAUAGCACAAAAGCAGAUGUAAUGCUUAAUAGCCUAGAAAGUAAGUCACUGGUUAUUUCAAAGUUUGAUCGAUUGUUAACCUGGCUUGAAAGUUUUUUAAAAGACAAAGGGUUUGAAGAUCAUAGAAUCCAUGGGAAGAUGGAGGCUGAAGAGAUAUUAGAGAUAGCUCAAAUGUUUCAAAACUCUUCAAGUGAGGAAAAUAGGGUUUUAUUAGCAAGUUUCGAAGCUAUUUCAGGUGAGAUGGAUAUCUCUUCCAUCCACCAAGUUUUUUUUAUGGAGGCAGUGAAAAAAAAAUGUAGAAAAUGCUGUUAUAAGUCACAUCACAGGAGUUAAAGGAAAAAGAAAUGAAAAAUUUCACGGAGCUUUUAGAUUGGUGGUUGAAGAUGCAAUUGAAGGAAAAAUUGUUGGAUUGAAAGGGACGGUAGAAGCUGGAUUCAAAGAACUUAACAUGCUAGAAAGAGAAAAAAAUUUAACAUGAGGUGUCGAGUGAUUCUCCAGAAGAUUCAAAUUAUUGUGUGUUUUGUGUGGUUUGGAUUGAAACUCCAAUUUAACUUCUUUUGCAUUCUAUUCUAGUUUUGUCUCCAAAAUUUGGUAUGAUGUGUUCUGAUGGAUAGGUGUUGUUUGUUGGUCUGAGUUCGGCUUCUUGCAGUAAAAAGUUAAGAAGGGAUUUCUUCUGAUAUGGCACACAAAUAGGAAUCCGAUGAUCUUUGAUAAUCUGUCUUUUGAUUACAAAGAGUUAAUGGAGGAAAUAAAAUUUGUCUUGGAAGUGGAUUUUAAGUGGUUUGAAGACUAUACCUUGCUUGUUCUAUGAGGCCUGUAGUAUAUUGGGGACUGUAGUUAUUUUUUUUAGGAGUUUGCUAUACUGUUUGAUUGUGCUUGUUGUUUCAGUGCUAUUUGUAUCUACAUACUGUAUGUUCCUUUUUCUGGUCUUUUGGCUUAUGUUUUUGUGCCUCUAACAGGUUUGUUUUGGUUCAAAGUAAGAGAAUUAAUGGUUAGCUUUUGUAUGUUUAUCAGCAUGGUAUAGCUUUGGUUUUUGUGUCUA